AUGGUAUCACUUCUCACGGUGACCAGUGGAAAACAUGCAGAAUUGAUUGUGACAAAAAUUAAGUGCUGCGACCGUGAGAAUUGUACAGAGGGUGAAGAACAUACGCAUCAAAAAUCAGGUCGAAAAACUCCUAUUAAAAGAAGCACGCCUAUCAAACAAGUUCCACCUAUAAAGAAAACUGUACAAACAGUACCAGAAAUAGAAGAAGUUGAACCUCCUCCUCAUCGUACACGUCAUUCUAGCCGUCAGGCAGAAAAGCUAAUCAAGACUUCAGACUACUCUUCUGAAGAAAGUCUUGACAGAUUAAAGGGGCAUAAAAAGGAAAUAUACCAAAACGAAGUCAACAGCCAGUAUGAGCGAGUGUCAACAAGCAACCAGCAAUACAGCACGCUCACCGAUGUCACGUUCAGCCCAAUCCUCUUGACGCACAACGUGACGCGGAAUAGCAGGUCAAGCCGUUUUAGCAGUCCCGCGUAUAGUGCGUGCUCUACGGAUAGCUCGUUCGCUGAACAAGCACUAGCUGAUGCCAGCUUGUUGCUCGAACGCGAGCCGACAACAGAACAUUUGCCUUCACGUCUCUACAAAAUGGCAGAAGAAUAUUGGAAUAAAUACCCCAAAACAGAUUACACAUACUCCCACCUAUCGCGCGAUCGAGUGGAGCUGGCCCCGGGGCUCGUGGCGAUGCCGAACAUGUCCCGGCGGCCGCUGUCGCAGGCGCGCUCGUUAAGCGGCCCCGUGGACGAGCCUGACAUAGCUGCCAAGAGUGUAUGGCAGACCAGCUCGCUGCGGAAGCGUUUUACUUCAAUAGACAGUUCAGACGAUGAGGGCGCUUACGUACGCAAUGGCUUCACUAAAACGGACGAACGAUGGUGGAUCACGCGGUUGAUAGCUACCGUCCUCACAACCAUCACAACGAGUGCAAGCAACGCUUAUAGAAAAGUUGUGGGGCCAUCCCACAGAUACCCUUACACUGAUCGAAGACCGGCCAAAUCCAGCAUUGUAUCUCGAACGGCAUCUGCAGCAGCAACGCCCUUCUACUGGCUGUACACUGUUAUCAAGACCAUCGUCACCACGACAGUUACUACCAUCACUGAAACUAUAUCAUCCAGCGAAGUGAACGAGAGUGGCAAGUAUGCGAGGCGGUACAGCGAGAAUGCAGUGGCCAAGAGGCGUUGGUGGCCGUGGAUGCUGCUGUUCCUACUGCCUACACUGGGUUAUGGCUGCUACCACUAUAAGGACCAGAUUCUACCAAAUGAAGAUAUAGUAGACACGUACAAACCUCCAGAAAUAGUUCACAACUCUGACUUGACGAAACGGGUAGCUGCCUUAGAAACUUGGGCCGUAAAUGUCGAUAAUAGACUAAAAUUCUUCGAUCAAAAAUUAUCCAAGAUCGACAAUUUAGAGGCGACUGUAGAACAGUAUUCGUUUAAGCACUUACAGCAAAAUCUUAUAACGAUUCUCAGUAAUAAUGACAAUAGUGAUGCUAUAGCCGCCAAGCUUAAGCAGCAUUUUGACAGAAAUUAUGUAACGAAUGAACAAAUGCAAGUACUGAGUCAACAAAUACACGAACGGCUGAUAAAUUCGUGGAAACCAGAAAUGGAUGAAGAUACAAUACGACAAAUAGUGCAAGAAUACUUAAGGUCUACGGAAAGACGGCAAAUGGAGUUGAUUGUAGAGAAAGUGAACGAGUAUGUAAGGGAAGUUGAGACCAGACCAGCUGAAGUAAGGAUGAAGGUCGAUUUGGAAGAAAUAAAAAAAAUGGUGGUCGGCAUGUUAGAUGUUUAUGACGCUGAUAAAACUGGACUCGUCGAUUAUGCUUUGGAAUCCGCUGGCGGACAAAUAAUAUCAACGAGAUGCACAGAGUUGUACCAAAUCAAGACGAAGCAGUACUCCAUCCUGGGGUUGCCGGUGUGGUGGGUGUACACUUCGCCGCGCUACGCGCUCACGCCCGGCGCCAUGCCCGCAGAGUGCUGGGCCUUCCAGGGAUUCCCCGGGUAUCUGGUAUUACGCACAUACGCGAUCAUCGAGGUGACGGGAUUCUCGCUGGAACAUAUGUCAAGACUGUUGGCCGUCGAUGGAAAAAUUGAAUCUGCGCCUAAAAACUUUUCAGUCUACGGUCUCCAUGGUGAGUUGGAUUCUGAACCGCAUCUUUUUGGCGAUUACAUGUAUGAUGCGAACGGUACAUCCAUACAAUACUUUCCAGUUAAAUACCCGAAAACAACUAAUAUAGGUGGUGUUGAAUACCCCGUAGCCUACGACAUAAUAGAACUUCGAGUGGAGAGUAACCAUGGCAACCCCACUUACACCUGUGUGUACAGAUUCAGGGUUCACGGCAACCCUCUCAAUGAUAUCAGGCAAGCUACUGAAGAUAGUAUAAGGGACAGUGAGACA